AUGGGAUUGAUAGCUCGAACGGCGAGCUCUGCUGUGGUGCAGCUGGCCUCGGGUCUCCGGCCACCUGCGUCCAGGAGCACGCGCCGCAUUCUGACGCUGCACAUACCGAUGACAGCGAGGACGCUCUACAGCAGUACGGCAGUGGCAUCCUCCUCCAAACCAUCUUCGUCGUCGGAUGAGCAGCGACGAGCUGAUGCCUCCGAUCGCGCCGAAGAGCCAGCGCCGAAACCAAAGCGCAAACGUCGCACCAGUGAGGAGGUGCAAGCUAGCAGACUGGCCAGUAAGACCUUCGGCCUGCCUAUACGCCCGACAAGAAGAACAAGAUCUUCGAUUCCAGGUGCGCCCGGGCACGAGGCGGGCAAAGCGCACGAGAUGGUAGGCUCUUCCACAAAAAGUGCACGUUCGGCACCUGGAAAGAAGGCAGCGGGAAAGAAGAAACAGGCCGACGAUGUGGAGCAAGACGAAGCAGGCAGCGCGCUCGACGAUCCGUGGCGGGAUGCCGAAUCGAUCGGCGAGCUGCUCGAGCUGAUGAGCUACGACCAUCUGCCGCCGCGUCCGGAAUGGAAGAAGGCAUUCCCGAACGGCAAGCUCCAGCAGACCAGCUACCGCUACUUUGUCAGCAACCGCUCCACGAUCCAGCAGAUCAUUCCGCAUCUGGGCAUCCACGAUCCAGAGCGAAAUGGCGAAAAGGUGACGAUCGUCGAGGGCUAUCCGGGCCCAGGCACGUUCGCGAGCGAGCUGCUCAAGAUCCCCGAGGUGGAGAAAGUCGUGGCGCUCGAGGCGACGCCGUGCUAUGUGGACAGGCUCGAGGUGCUCAAGACGCAGCUCGAGCAGCAGCAGCCUGGAGGAGGCGAGAGGCUCGAUAUCCUGCAAUCGUCUGCGUACGCGUGGGAGACGUACGGCGACCUCAUCGAGUCCGGCAAGCUUGCACACCUCAAUGGCCGCGUGGCGCGUACGGACGGUGGCACCAUCGAUUUUUCGAGGGACGACUCUAUUCCACCGGACCACUCGGAUGCGAGCUGGAAGAAGCUGUCGCCGGUGAUCUUCCUGGCGCAGCUGCCGAAUACGGUGUAUGGCGAGCAGCUGUUUGCACAGAUUGUCACGGGCAUUGCGAGUCGUUCGUGGCUCUUCCGACACGGACGCAUCAAGCUGGCGUUUGUGUGUGGCGAGUCGCUGGCCAAGCGCUGUUUGGCGCCUGCAGGCGACAAGAUCUCGCGCGGCAAGCUGGGUACGACGGUGCAGUGUCUGGCGGAUCUCGAGGUGCAUCGAUACGCGCACGAGUUGCAGCCUCAUGCGACGCACUUUUACCCCACCGUCAUGACUGUCGGCCCACGAGUGACGGUGUCGGGUUCAUCGCUGAUUCCCAACAGCAAUGCUUCGACCGGCCUCACACGCACAGGCAUGGUGAUGUUGACCGUCACGCCGAAAAAGAAGCCGCUCGUCAAGCCCAACGAGAUCGAGGCGUUCGAAUACAUCACGCGCAGUCUCUUCAUCCUGCGCACCAAACCGGUGGGCGAGGCGCUCACCCACGUCGCGCCCGGUGCACAAAACGUGCUCAAGAUGACGAGCCCCGAGCAGGUGGAAGCAAAACUCAUCAAAAAGAACCAGGUCAUCCUCCCCUCGGACAUUGUCGCCGACCUCACCAACGUGCAGUGGGCGUGUCUCGCCAAGAUGUUUGAAAAGUGGCCCUUCCGUCCGCGCCACCUCUUCGAAGAAGGUCGCAUCAAGAGCGACAAGGACAGAAAAGGCUGA